AUGCAUACAGCGAAGAGAGAUUACGCUAGUAACAUGACUGACAAUACAACAAGAACUGUACUAUCGAAUGAAUUGAACAAUGAUCUCAUUAUCCCCCCUUUAGUAGAUGUCCCAGCUAACGUGAGAGCAUCUAAAGUUACUGAUAAAUAUAAUUGUGACAUCAAACCAGUGUGUUUCAAAAUGUUUAAGGACCCAGCUAGUAGUUCGCCACUGGACGAUCAUCCGGAACAUACACUAUGGAAGACAAAGCAACAGUUGCGCAAGACACAUAAGAACAACUCUAAAGGGCAAAAACUGGUGCCGUCAUCACUAUUUAAUUCCAUCGAUAUUGAACAGUUUGAAAAGUAUUUAAAGGAGCCGGAACACAUAAAGAUGCUCAAAAGAGCAAAAAAUAUAAAACAGUUCAGAAGAUUAUUUCUUGCUCAGGAGAUCAAUACUUUUAAUAAAGAUGAUGAAAUUAGACCCGUUGCUAGUAACGGAAGCGGCAGUAGACUCACGGGCACGCUAUCUAAUUCAUUGCUUCCUUCACACGAUACUAUCGUUCAUAAUCCUUCAUCAAACCCAAGGGCCGUAUGGUCAGUCAAAUUUAGUUUGGAUGGAAAAUUCUUGGCAGCAGGGAGUAGAGACGGAACUGUUAAGCUUUGGAAAGUGUUGAGUUCACCUAUUGAGAGAUUAGAGGUAGACUCUUAUCUAGAAUCCAAUAACGACUUAAAACUGAAACAGAGUAGAUUAAACAGAAACUACAAUUUAACUAAUAAUACCAGAAGCGAAUUUGACAGUAAUCAAGAACUGUUUAAUCUAUAUGCUCCCGUAGUGCAUCCAAGUCCAUUCAAAAUAUUUAGAGAACAUAAGCAUGACGUCCUUGAUAUGGAUUGGUCCAAAAAUAACUUUAUUCUUACUGGCUCCAUGGAUAAAACUGCUAAGCUUUGGCAUCCGGAUAGAAAGUCAUCUUUACAGACAUACCAGCAUACAGACUUCGUUACUUCGGUGAAGUUUCACCCAAAUGAUGACAGAUUCUUCGUUACUGGUUCCCUAGAUCACAAAUGUAGAUUGUGGUCUAUUUUAGAUAAUGAAGUUAGUUUUGAAUUUGAUUGCCAGGAUUUAAUCACUGCGGUCACUUUUUCACCAAACGACGGGAAAUACAUCAUCGUUGGUACUUUCAAUGGUUACAUUUAUGUUCUUCUAACUGAUGGUUUAAUUCCAAUCUCGUCAUUCCAUAUUACAGAUAAGAAGACCCGCAGUUCAGAUAGUACAGGUGAUGUGAAAAUUUAUGAAAGUCACGGUAAGGACAGACGACACCAUGGCCCAAGAGUUACAGGUGUAGAAUGUUUUGUUGCGGAUUCCGAUAACAGUUCUUUGAGACUACUCGUCACUUCCAAUGAUUCAAGGAUAAGGCUUUUCGAUUUGCAUAGUAAAAAAAUGAUAGAAAUAUUUAAAGGCUUCCAUAGUGGAUCAUUGUCUCAUAAAGCGCAUCUAUCUAGGACAGCAACCGACAUACCCGUCGUAUUGACCAGUAGUGACAACAACUGGCUUUAUGGCUGGAAAUUGAAGUCUGCAAUUAAUGAACGAGAUUCUACGAGGGAAAAUACAUCAAGUAUGCCGACAGAAGUUACAAAUCCAAAUAUGAGGAGAGGCAUUAGCAGAACUAACAGUUUAAAGAACUUGUUUAGAAGUAGAUCAUCAAGUUCAAUCAAUAGCAUAACUCCACUAAGUAGCAUGACCUCACUUGGCACUCCUGUACAGCAACAGGAUACUUUCGAAUCAAACAGACCUAUUGUCAGCUCACAUAGCUCUUCUAGGCUAUCUAGUCUCCUUUCCUCAUGUCAACAGGCAACUCAGUCAACCGUAAAGAACAGUGAAUAUAUAGCAUUCAAUGCUCAUAAAGCACCUACAACUUCUGUGGCAAUGGCUCCUUCAGGAACAGCGAAAACGCUGUUUUUAUCAAAUGAUUUCCUGUCUGAAUUGUACUUGGAAUACUUUGAAGAAAAUGAUCGGUCCAAUAUAUUCGAACUCAAAUCUAAGAAAAGUAGCAAUGACGAACAAGGAAAGAGAUCUAUGGUACAUGCAACAGAAGCUAUUAGUAGUAUAAUCGUGAGUGCAGACACGACAGGUUCCAUCAGAAUAUUCAGGGCUGACAUUCCUACAGUGCUUCGCAAGCGUGUCCUACAACAAUUACAAGACUACAAGACUGAAAUGAGUUCAAGAUAUCAUAGUACAAGUUCUUUAGACAGAUUGAAUAAAAACUCACUCACGCCCAGAAAUAAUAUCUUGAGAACUAAAUCUUUCAAUAACAUCACAAAUAUGAUCAAUCUUUUUGAAAGCUACAGUAGCUCCAUACCUACAACCUCCUCUAGCACUCGUCCAUCUUUAGCCAAGACACACAUGGGCAAAUUUGUGAGAACGUCCUUACCUGCAACGUCGUCCUCGCAACAAACGCAUAGCAACAGCCCCACGAGUAGCAACUUUCAAGGAAACAUUGUUCCAUUGACUGUCUCGUCUCGGGAUAGUUUGACCUCGACGUCAUCAACAAGCUUAGAACAAAUGAUCAUGCGAGGUCAUGCAUUGUCAUCUGGUAUAAGAUGUAAUGUGUGCAACGGAGCGAAGUUCGAACCGAUCUCCUCCAACAAAUUACAACAAGCCUACUAUUGCACUGAUUGUGGGACUACACUAAACAACUUUAGAUAA